UUUGGGACUUGGGCUUCGGAUCGGCCCCCCGAGCCGAGGCUGCGGCGUUUCCAUGGCGACCCAGGCGGGCCUGGUGGCGAGCCGGGGCCGGCGCUUCAAGUGGGCCAUCGAGCUGAGCGGGCCCAGCGGGGGCGGAAGGGGUCGCAGUGACCGAGGCAGCGGCCAGGGAGACUGCCUGUAUCCCGUGGGCUACCUGGACAAGCAGGUGCCAGACACCAGCGUGCAGGAGACGGACCGCAUCCUGGUGGAGAAGCGCUGCUGGGACAUUGCCCUGGGACCCCUCAAACAGAUCCCCAUGAACCUGUUCAUCAUGUACAUGGCCGGCAACACCAUCUCCAUCUUCCCCACCAUGAUGGUGUGCAUGAUGGCUUGGAGGCCCAUCCAGGCCCUCAUGGCCAUCUCUGCCACAUUCAAGAUGUUGGAGAGUUCGAGCCAGAAGUUGCUCCAGGGCUUGGUCUACCUCAUUGGCAACCUCCUGGGCCUGGCCCUGGCCGUCUACAAGUGCCAGUCCAUGGGCCUGCUGCCCACUCAUGCUUCUGACUGGCUGGCCUUCAUCGAGCCCCCCGAGAGAAUGGAGCUCAGCGGCGGGGGAUUGCUCCUGUGAGCUGGGACCAGGAGCCACCCUUCCCAUCCUGCCGUUUCCUGGCCCAGGAAGACCCUCGCUGCCCACCCCAGAAACAGCCGCAGCCCCGGGCUAAAAAUAAUGUAGAAAACUUUAUGUUUCCAGUAAAGCAACAAACAAGCUUCA